AUGUCUAACAAGAAGGUGAAGAAGUAUGAGGAAGAUCCAAUCCCCAUCGAAAUCAAAGCUAAAAUAAUUGAGCCUUUCGACCAAUACUUAGACAUUCUUCGCCUUCGAGCUGUGUCUACUUCCUUCCGAUCUCUUAUCCCCCUUCCUUCUAAACCUUAUUCCGGGGACGUCUUUUUAGACGUCCCUCCCUUAUUCUUUGAUGAUUCCAAUUCCGAUUCCGGUUCCGAUUCCGAUUCCGAUUCUUAUUCUUAUACUUCACAACUCAACCGUAAGAUUCUGUAUCUUAUAACUAACCAUAACAAUAACAAUAAGUAUAUAAUCCACGUUAAACAAACUGCUAAUACUAGCCGUUUUAAAACACUUCCUCUCUUCGAGUUUGACGACGGCGGAAAGGUAUCGAAGAUCAACCUCUUAGACCAUAAGGUGAUGGAGAUUUUUAGAUUCUAUGAUUUCGGUUAUAAAACUAGUGGUUUAAAUUUCAAAAGAAUGGUGUCGAAUUUACAUCCUACUACGUCUAAACUCAUAUUUUUAGGUCUAUUUAAUGGGAAGUUAUUUUGGUGGAGAUAUGUGGGUGACAAUUGGAACCCUAUAUCAAUUUCCUUGCCAAGGAAAUCUAAUUCAACAACCUUAUUUGUUGAUGUUAUUAAUUACAAGGGUCAAUUUUUAGCUCUUAAUUGCGACAAAAGACUUAUUAAGAUCAUAAUAAGAAUAACCUCAUUGGAGAAAUCUCAAGGUGUUGUUUUUCAUCAAGAGAUUGUGUCAGAACAAUCUCGUUAUAAUGAAGCCUAUAUGAAAUCUCACUUAGUCGAGUGCGAUGGAGACUUGUAUUUGGUUAUGGUUUAUGCAAAAAAGGAGAGAAAAUUGAGUUGUUAUAAUAAUGGGGAAGUUGAAGAGCCAAAAGAUGUUGGUAAUAAGUUGAAGGUUUUCCAAUUGGAUCAAAAAGAGGGAAACUAUUAUUGGAGAAAGGUUAAUAAGUUGGGUGGUAAAGUGUUUUUCUUGUGGGAGAGAGCAAGUUUUGCAAUCUCGGAAAAAGAUGUUGGAUCAUCUAAAGGGGAUUUGAUAUUCUGGAAUCGUAAUCGCUAUAAUUUGGAGGAUAACACUUUUCAAAGAUUUGAACAAAAGUAUCAUGGGAGAAAAAGAAAUAAAUCCAAGGUACGUGGAGGUAAUUUGUUUACUUGGCCAAUGUAA